AUGGGAACCUCUUUACAGCCGAGGCAUUUGCCUCUGGUUUAUGCUGUGGCAUUCUGCCUCAUUGCAGUUAGUGUUGCUGCUGAUUAUAGGAAGCCUUAUAUUUAUGCUUCGCCGCCACCACCAUCCCAAAAAACGCAACCAAAUUACCACAAUUAUCCACCUUUCAAGCUUCCAUCAGUCCCAGAGCAUUCAGGGCACUACCCUCCAUACCCUUAUAAGGCUCCUCCAUCACCAUAUGUGUACAGGUCUCCACCACCUCCUCCUUACUUAUACAAAUCUCCACCUCCACCAUCCCCAUCACCGCCUCCUCCGUAUGUUUAUAAAUCUCCACCUCCACCAUCUCCGUCACCACCACCGCCGUAUGUUUACAAAUCUCCACCACCACCAUCUAAAUCUCCUCCCCCACCUUAUAUCUACAAGUCACCUCCACCUCCCUCUCCCUCUCCACCCCCUCCUUACAUUUACAAGUCCCCUCCUCCACCAUCUCCAUCACCUCCCCCUCCUUAUGUCUACAAGUCACCACCACCUCCUUCUCCAUCCCCACCUCCACCUUACAUUUAUAAAUCACCACCACCACCCUCACCAUCACCUCCUCCCCCAUAUGUUUACAAUCACCACCACCCCCCAUCUCCAUCACCUCCUCCACCUUAUGUCUACAAGUCACCACCACCACCUUCGCCAUCACCUCCUCCACCAUAUGUUUACAAGUCACCACCACCCCCAUCUCCUUCACCUCCUCCUCCUUAUGUGUACAAAUCCCCCCCACCACCUUCACCAUCACCUCCUCCACCAUACAUUUACAAGUCACCACCUCCCCCAUCCCCAUCACCACCUCCUCCUUACAUUUAUAAAUCACCACCACCACCCUCUCCAUCUCCUCCUCCACCAUACAUUUACAAGUCACCUCCUCCUCCAUCUCCAUCACCUCCCCCACCUUACAUUUACAAGUCCCCACCACCACCCUCACCCUCACCUCCUCCACCAUACAUUUACAAGUCACCUCCUCCUCCAUCUCCAUCACCCCCACCUCCCUAUGUGUACAAGUCACCACCACCCCCCAUCUCCAUCACCUCCCCCUCCUUAUCUCUACAAGUCACCCCCACCACCUUCUCCAUCCCCACCUCCUCCUUACAUUUAUAA